CUGACUUUCUAAAAAGGUGUCUCCAGGAGCUCACAAUCAACAACACAAUUCCUCCACAACUCACCUUCUCAUUCUUCCUCCUGCUUCACCGCAAUUCCUGUGGUGUUCAGUUCAAUACGCUCCCUUUCCCAUUAGACACUCAUUUGUGCCCUAUUUCUUCUCAACCGUUCCAACUGCAAGUCAAUUGAUUCAGAGAAGUGCAUGAGGCCGCAGGGGGCCGGGUCGCAACAUGGCGCUUCCUAUCAAGUUCACAGAGCUGGUCCAGCUGACCAACCUUGAUAUCGCGCCAGCUUCGAUAUCCUUCAACACUUGUACAUUAGAGUCCGACCACUUUGUUUGCGUACGACAGAAACUUAAUGAACAAGACAAGCCUCAAGUCAUAAUCAUAAACCUCAAGAACAACAAUGAAGUCAUCAAACGCGCUAUCAGCGCCGACAGUGCCAUCAUGCACUUCACUCGCGAGAUCCUUGCCCUCAAGGCACAAGGCAGAACCAUCCAAGUCUUCGAUCUCGGAGCGAAGUCCAAGUUGAAGUCUACGGUCAUGAACGAGGAUCUUGUCUUCUGGAAGUGGUUCAGUGACCGCAGCUUGGGUCUGGUCACCGAUACAUCGGUCUUCCAUUGGGAUGUCUUUGACCCUACACAAAAUGCUCCUGUCAAAAUGUUUGAGCGAAAUGCCAACCUCAACGGCUGCCAGAUCAUCAAUUAUCGUGUCAGUGAUGACGAACAGUGGAUGGUCGUUGUGGGCAUUUCUCAAAGAGAGGGCAGAGUCGCAGGCACAAUGCAGCUAUACUCCCGGAACCGUGGCAUCUCUCAGCACAUUGAAGGUCAUGCCGCAGCUUUCGGCACCUUCCAUGCGGAGGGCAACGCAACUCCUCACAAGUUGUUCACGUUCGCAGUCCGAAACGCUGCUGGCCAGGGAAAAUUGCACGUCGUCGAAAUCGACCCCAGCGAGAACAACACCCGAUUUACCAAGAGGGCGGUGGAUGUCUACUUCCCUGACGAAGCUGUCAACGAUUUCCCCGUUGCCAUGCAGGUGUCAAAGAAGUACAGCAUCAUCUACAUGAUCACCAAGUACGGUUUCAUUCACCUGUACGAUCUGGAAACAGCCACCUGUAUCUUCAUGAAUCGGAUAUCCAGCGAGACUAUCUUUGUUACCAGUCCCGACUCCGAGUCAGCUGGUAUUGUCGGAAUCAACCGCAAAGGUCAAGUCUUGUCCGUCGCUGUUGACGAGAAUACCAUCAUACCUUAUCUGUUGCAGAAUCCUGCAAACUCGGCUCUCGCCGUGAAAUUGGCUUCCAGAGCUGGUUUGGCAGGUGCUGACAACCUGUACCAGCAACAAUUCGAGACACUAUUCUCUCAAGGUAACUACGCCGAGGCUGCCCAGAUCGCCGCAGACUCUCCUCGGGGCUUUUUGAGAACACCAGAGACUAUCAACCGAUUCAAAAAUGUGCCUCAACAGCCAGGACAACUCUCAGUCAUUCUUCAAUACUUCGGCAAACUGCUCGACAAGGGAAAGCUGAACAAGUAUGAAAGUGUUGAGUUGAUCAAGCCGGUCUUGGCUCAAAACCGGAAAAACCUUCUCGAUAAGUGGAUGAGCGAGGGCAAGCUGGAGUCUUCAGAAGAGCUCGGCGACAUUGUCCGGUUACAUGACUUGGAACUUGCUCUGAAGAUCUACCGAGAAUCCAAUGUGCCUCCCAAGGUGGUGGCAGCACUCGCUGAGACUGGUCGGUUCGAGGAGAUCCUGCCUUACUCACGAGAAGUUGGAUACCAGCCAGAUUUCACCAGCUUGUUGCAGCACAUUGUACGAGCAAAUCCUGAGAAGGGGGCUGAAUUUGCUACCCAACUUGCCAACAAUGAAGGUGGUCCCUUAGUAGACAUCGACAGAGUCGUUGAUGUUUUCAUGUCUCAAAACAUGAUUCAACAAGCAACUGCUUUCCUCCUCGAUGCUCUAAAGGAGAAUCGUCCUGAGCAAGGUCAGCUGCAAACUCGAUUACUGGAGAUGAACCUCCUCAAUGCUCCUCAGGUUGCGGAUGCUAUUCUGGGUAACGAAAUGUUCUCUUACUACGACAAGACCAGGAUCUCUCGACUCUGUGAACAAGCUGGACUCCUUCAACGUGCACUUGAGAAUACUGACGAUCCUGCAUCCAUCAAACGCAUUGUUGUCCAAACCGAUAAGCUCAAUCCCGAAUGGCUGCAGCAAUACUUCGGCCGCAUGAGUGUCGAACAGUCUUUGGACUCCAUGGACGCAAUGCUGAAGAGCAACAUCCGUCAGAAUCUUGCAUCCGUGGUUCAAUUGGCCACCAAGUACUCAGAUUUGCUUGGUGCCAGCAACCUCAUCUCGCUGUUUGAAAAGCACCGUACUGCCGAAGGUCUCUAUUACUACCUUGGAAGCAUUGUCAACCUCAGUGAAGACGAAGAUGUUGUCUUCAAAUACCUUGAGGCUGCUGUCACCAUGCAGCAAUUCCAGGAGGUUGAAAGAAUCUGUCGUGAGAACAACCACUACAAUGCGGAGAAGGUCAAGAACUUCUUGAUCGAGGCAAAACUUGCAGAACAACUCCCUCUCAUCAUUGUUUGUGAUCGAUUCAAUUUCGUCAAGGAUUUGAUCAACUACCUCUACCGCAACCAGCAAUACAAGUCCAUCGAAGUAUAUGUUCAACGCGUUAACCCGGCGAGAACACCAGCCGUCGUUGGAGCAUUGCUGGCUCUCGACUGUGAAGAGUCUGUUAUCAAGAACUUGUUGACAUCAGUCGAUCCUGCUGCUGUGCCUAUGGAUGAGCUUGUCGGCGAAGUCGAGGGUCAGAAUCGCCUCAAGAUUUUGCUGCCAUUCCUUGAAUCCACUCUGCAACAAGGCAACCAGCAGCCCGCAGUGUACAAUGCUCUCGCGAAGAUCUACAUUGAUUCAAAUCAUAAUCCUGAAGCAUUUCUGAAGGAGAACGACCUUUAUGACACAUUGACAGUUGGAAAAUACUGCGAAAAGCGAGAUCCCAACCUGGCAUACAUUGCCUACCGUAAAGGACACAACGACCUUGAGCUCAUCAACAUCACGAAUGAGAACUCUAUGUUCAGAGCACAGGCUCGCUACCUGCUUGAGCGUGCUGAUCCAGAGAUCUGGGGGUUCGUGCUUGCUGAGAACAACAGCUCUCGACGAUCUCUGAUUGACCAAGUCAUUGCGACUGCCGUCCCUGAAUCAAACGAACCGGACCAGGUUUCUGUUGCCGUUAAGGCUUUCUUGGACGCCGAUUUGCCUGCGGAACUCAUUGAACUGUUGGAGAAGAUCAUUUUGGAGCCUUCCCCAUUCAGUGAAAACAGCAGCUUGCAGAAUCUCCUCAUGCUUACCGCGGCCAAGGCCGACAAGUCUCGGUUGACCGAUUAUAUUCACAAGCUCAAUGAAUUCAGCACGGAAGAAAUCGCUAACAUGUGCAUUCAACAAGGCCUUUUUGAGGAGGCCCUCGAAAUCUACAAGAAGGUCAACGACCAUAUCUCUGCCGCCAAUGUGCUCGUCGACAAUAUUGUCAGCAUCGAUCGUGCGCAGGAAUAUGCUGAAAAUGUUGACCUGCCGGAAGUCUGGAGCAAGGUCGCCAAGGCACAGCUUGACGGUCUCCGAGUGAGUGAUGCGAUCGAGUCAUACAUCAAGGCCCAAGACCCAAGCAACUACAACGAGGUUAUUGAGGUGGCAAGUCGUGCCGGGAAGGACACUGAAUUGACCAAAUACCUCAAGAUGGCUCGGAAGACGCAACGCGAGCCAGCCAUUGAUACAGCCCUCGCUUUCAGCUAUGCACGCCUUGACCAAUUGCCUGAGCUGGAGGACUUCCUGCGCUCUGCCAACGUCGCCGACGUGGAGGCUUCUGGAGACAAGUCUUACGAAGAAGGCUACCAUCAAGCUGCCAAGAUCUUCUUCACCAGCAUAUCGAACUGGGCAAAACUUGCCACGACGCUUGUGCACCUCGGUGAAUACCAGAAUGCAGUCGAUUGUGCUCGUCGUGCCAACAGUGUCAAGGUGUGGAAACAGGUCAACGAAGCCUGUGUGGCCAAGAAGGAGUUCCGUCUUGCUCAGAUCUGCGGUCUCAACCUCAUUGUUCACGCCGAAGAAUUGCAAGAUCUUGUCAAGCAGUAUGAGAGAGAGGGCUACUUCGAAGAACUCAUCUCCCUGCUCGAAGCCGGUCUUGGCCUCGAACGAGCCCAUAUGGGAAUGUUCACCGAGCUGGGUAUAGCUCUUUCGAAAUACCACCCAGACCGUGUGAUGGAACACCUCAAGCUUUUCUGGUCCCGGAUCAAUAUACCCAAGAUGAUCCGUGCAUGCGAAGAGGCACAUCUCUGGCCCGAACUUAUCUUCUUGUAUUGUCAUUACGAUGAGUGGGACAAUGCUGCUUUGGCAAUGAUGGAGCGUGCCGCUGAUGCUUGGGAACAUCAUUCUUUCAAGGACAUCAUCGUCAAGGUGGCCAACUUGGAGAUUUACUACAGAGCCCUCAACCAUUACCUGCAGGAGCAACCAUUGUUGCUGACCGACUUGCUUCAGGCCUUGACUCCUCGCGUCGACGUCAACCGAGUGGUUCGCAUGUUUGAGAAGUCGGAUAACAUCCCCAUCAUCAAACCGUUCCUGCUCAGUGUACAGGGUCAGAACAAGCGUGUCGUUAAUAACGCCAUCCAUGAUCUUCUCAUCGAAGAGGAAGACUAUAAGACGUUGAAGGACUCUGUGGAGAACUACGACAACUACGAUGCCGUGGAGCUGGCUCAGCGACUCGAAAAGCAUGAGCUCGUUUUCUUCCGACAGAUUGCAGCCCAGAUCUACCGCAAGAACAAGAGAUGGGAGAAAUCGAUUGCCCUUUCGAAGCAAGACAAGUUGUUCCGAGAUGCCAUCGAGACUGCUGCUAUCUCUGGCAAGCCGGUAGUGGUGGAAGACUUGUUGAGAUAUUUCGUCGACAUUGGCAGCCGCGAAUGCUAUGUUGGUAUGCUGUACGCAUGCUACGACCUGAUUCCAUUGCACGUGGUGAUGGAGAUCUCAUGGCGGCACGGCCUUAACGACUUCACGAUGCCAUUCAUGAUCAGCUACAUGAGUCAACAGUCAGAGAUGAUCGAGAAAUUGCGCAAAGACAAUGAAGAACGCAACGCACGUGAGGCGAGCCAGCAAAAGACGGAGGACAACACCCCGAUUAUCGGCAGUCGGCUCAUGUUGACCCAAGGUCCAGCCAAUGCGACGCCCACAGGAUAUGCAGCGACGAAUGGAAUUACACCUCAACCGACUGGCUUUCCUCGGGCAUUCUAGAAUUCCAGAUCUAUGGAAUCUGGGGAUGCUCUCGAUCGGAAGUUGUCGGGCUUGGGGAAGUCUCGGAGCGAAGAGCGGUGGAAUGUGGUGCAGCAAUCAGGAACAAUCCGGAACUGGACACGACUGUUUGCGACUCCGGAGUAUUAGGGUCCGGAGAAACUAAAAUAAUGUGCGGGAUUGAGGACCACACAGAAGUUACUUUUUGUAAGAUGUCUUUAGCAGAUGAGGCUGAUGGGAGAGCUAUCUCCGGGGUGCAUCAAAACAAUGACCGAGUAUCUACAGUAUUUCACAAAGGCGAGCUGCUGUUGAAUGACUAAGUGAAAGGAGAUAAGCCAGUCACAGCA